UUUUUUUUUUUUUUUUUUAAAAGAAAAAAUAUUUAUCAUGCUCAUAUCUACACAAUAUUUAAAAUUUGUACGGUAUAAUUUUUGUAAUUCAAAUAGAGCUUUCUUAUCCAAAAAUUAUUCUACUUUUAAUCCGAAUAUAAGAACACCUUUUACAGUUCUCGGUAUUGAAACUUCUUGCGAUGAUACAGGAGUUGCAAUUGUAAAUUCAGAUCGACAGAUUAUAAGUGAAGCGAUUCACCUUCAACAACAACUACACGAACCAUAUGGAGGAAUCGUUCCAAACUUGGCAAUGUCAAGUCAUCAGCAAUAUUUACCACUUGUAAUACGAGAAGCUUUGGAUAAAGCAAACAUGGAUAUCGCUAAAGAUAUCGAUGUAAUUGCAGUUACGAGAGGUCCUGGACUUCCUGCCUGUCUUGGCAAUGGAUUGAGCGCGGGAAAAGCUUUGGCUGCAGCACUUUGUAAACCAUUAAUAGGCGUUCAUCAUAUGGAAGCUCAUGCGCUUACGGCACGUCUUACUCAUCCAACUCCAAAUUUGCUACCUUUUCCUUUUUUGACAUUAUUAAUUUCUGGUGGACACACUCUUAUAUUGGUAGCACGUGGUGUUAAUCAUUAUAUCCAUCUUGGAACAACUGUGGAUGAUUCAGUUGGAGAGGCUUAUGACAAAAUCGCUCGAUUACUUAAAAUACCUUGGUUGAAAGGUCGCGGAGGUGGCCCUGGUGCAGCAUUAGAACAGUUUGCUGAAAAAGGAGAUUCUAAGAAAUUCUCGGUUCCAAUACCGAUGACAAAAGAUAAACGUAGAAAAGAGGCAAUGGAUUUGAGUUUUAGUGGGCUGAAAACAUCAGUGAAUGCUUUAAUUACAAAGCAUAACUUGGAUAUAGAUGAUGAAAAUAUUAAGAGAGAUUUAGCUUCAACUUUUCAGAAAGCGGCUAUAGCCCAUUUGACAGAUAAAUUAGAAUUAGCUUUUAAAUGGUGUAAAGAAAAGGCUAUCCCAUUAACAGCUUUGGUCGCAAGUGGUGGUGUAGCAAGUAAUAAAAGCAUUCGUUUUAGUUUGGAAUCGUUGGCGGUUGAGCAGUAUAACGUUCCAUUAAUAUGUCCUCCACCACAUUUAUGUACUGAUAAUGGUGUUAUGAUUGCAUGGGCUGGAGUGGAACGUUUUCGCAUAGGAUUAGUCGAUGAAUAUACUAUUGAUCACAUGCCAAAAUGGCCAAUUUCGUCUUUAGGAUCUUCAAUGUCCCUAUGAUUUUUAUUUUUGAGAGUCAUUUGAGAUUCAAAGGUCGAUAACUUAAGAUUAUAUUUGAAAAUAAUAUUUAUUUAAAGUAAAAAAAUGUAACCAUUUGGGAAAAUUUAUAUUAAAGCUAUAUUUUACUGAAAAUGAACUAUAAAAUCCGAUAUCGUUUUUUCAUUGGAUCAGGAUCGCUACAUCUUGAUACAAUUCUAUCUAGAGUUAUCAAAGCUAGUAAGACAAUGUCAAUUGUGGCUGUUCCUCCAACUCCGAUCUCAUUCAAGAGUUCAUCAUAUGUGAAUUCAUUCCAAGCCUGUUUCGGAAAAUCCGGCAAGUCGUGUUUAUCUUAAAUAAUCACGAAUAUUUCCUAUUAAUAUUUUAUUAAUAUCUAAUUAAUAUAAGAAUAAUAACAAAGGAAUUAUUUAGCUUA